AUGAAGGGAACCAUUGCUACACUGCUUGCCCUUGCUGGCGCCUCGUUCGCUGCCCCACAGGCACCUUCAACACCGGCGCCAGCGGGCUGCUCGCCAAACUACCCUGGUACUUUCUCGAUUACCACCCAAAACGUGACGAGAUCUGCUAAGCGAGACCUCGAGACCAGACAAGAUGGUGGUUUGAGCAUCACUUUGUCCAACGGAGUCCUGAAAGAUUCCCAGGGAAGAACAGGCUGCAUUGUAGCCAACCGACAGUUCCAGUUCGAUGGCCCACCCCAAGCAGGAACUAUCUAUGCUAGUGGAUGGAGUGUAUGCCAGAAUGGCUCGCUCGCUAUCGGAGGCAAUGCUAUCUUUUACCAAUGCUUGAGUGGAACCUUUUACAACCUCUACGACCAGAGCCAGGGUAACCAAUGCAACCGUGUAUACCUAUUGGUUACCGGUUCAGGUUCAGGUAAUGCUGCUUCCGCUGCAUCUGAUGGGCAGCCACAAGCUGCUACCUCUACUCGAGUCAGCCAGAUCAGCGAUGGUCAAGUACAGGCCACUACUGCCACCAGCAGAGUCAGCCAAAUCUCAGAUGGUCAGAUUCAAGCUACAACAGGCACUGCCCGAGUUUCUCAAAUCUCUGACGGUCAAAUCCAAGCCACCACCGCAGCUAGCAGUGCCCGCGUCUCUCAAAUCUCCGACGGUCAGAUUCAGGCCACUACCGGCUCUGCCAGAGUUUCUCAAAUCUCCGAUGGCCAGAUCCAGGCAACUACUGGUACUGCCCGAGUCUCCCAGAUCUCUGAUGGCCAGGUCCAAGCAGCAACCUCCACCCGAGCCAUUGCCACUUUCACCGGUGCUGCCGUCCCUCGUGAGCUCACUGGCGGCUUCGCCUUUGUUGCUGGUCUCGUUGGUGCUGUUGCCAUGCUGUAA